CGCCAACCGUGAACUGUCAAUCGAAAUUCGAAUACCGAAUACCGAUUUCGACCUAAUAAAUAUUUGGUAAUUGAAUCAUAAAUAUGUAAUAUCAUUGACUUUCUGUGUAUUAAAAUAUUAUUAUAAUGUGAAAUAAAAAAAAAGAUUAACUAGAAAAUAAUUUGAAUACAACCAUGGCCCAACAGAAAAGCACAGUUAAAGAACGUAUAAAUCGGUGUCAGGAUUGGUUACAAAAACAAAACAAUCCAAAAAAAUUAUCGCUGCAGAACAAAAAUGAUAUUCAAUUCAUUAUCGAGACAAAUGCACAUAGAAAAAAGUUCUUCUUGUCUGUUCCUGAAGAUGAUGCAUCUGUUCCCGUCGGUGUUGGUGAAGUGGAAAUGGUCCCUAAACCAGUGCCUGUAUUACGACUACGUCGUGAUAGAUUGAAUAUGGAGUGUGGAUGGUCAUCUUGCAAUCGCUUCUUUUCCAACUAUGAAGAGUUUCAGAUACAUGUAGCGAAUCAUGUGCCUGACUUACAAGUAGUAGAGAAUGAAGAUGGUGUGAACAACUAUGCAUGCUUAUGGGAUGCAUGCGGCCAUAUGAGUCCAAAUUCAAGAGAAAUGGUGCGGCACGUAAACUAUCAUGCCUAUCACGCUAAACUAUUAGCUAUUGGGUUUAAUGGAAGAGCUACUCUGAAGUUGGAACGGUGCAAGAAGGAUUCAAGCAAAAGGAACAAACUGCCUCCUUUGAUUUCUGAUCACCACUGUUUGUGGGUGGACUGUGAAGAGAAAUUUUUUUCUAUGCAGAAAUUUCUAGACCAUGUGAAUACACAUGUUGAGGACUCUGAAGACUUUCUAUGUUCGUGGGCGGGAUGUGGCAACAAGUGCAGCCGCAAGAUCUUGCUGACCGCGCACGUGAGGUCCCAUACCGGAGAACGAGUCAUCGCUUGCUACCAUUGCGGAAGACACUUCAACAUGAACAGGAAACUGAGUGACCAUCUCUUGAGACAGAACGUGGACCCGUCGAGCGGGCACUCGUGCGCGGUGUGCGGCGUGGCGUGCGCGUCCGCCUACCUGCUGCGGGAGCACGUGCGGCAACACGUGUCGUGCUACGCGUGCUCGCUGUGUGACAUGAGUGCGCCCACGCCGGCUGCGCUCGCGCUGCACGUGCGCUACCGGCACAUGGCCAAGGACGUGCGCGCGCACCACUGCUCCAUGUGCAGCUACAGCGCAGUGACCGCGUCCGACCUGCGCAAACAUAUCAACAGACACAACAAGAGACUGAAGCGGAAAAAUCAGUCAGACGGCGAGAACUGUGAGGGUGAGGUGAAGAAGCAGCAGCUCAAGAAGAAGUACAUCUGUCACAUCUGUCCGGAGAGAGACGCCGUGAUAUUCACGAGGGGGACCUUCUUGACCACGCACUUGGUGAAGGUGCACGGGGCGCAGUGGCCGUGUGGACACAGUCGGUUCAGGUAUCAAAAGAGUGAAGAUGGAAUGUACCGUCUCACAACGACGCGAUUUGAAGUUCUAGAAGUUUCUAAGAAAAUAGUUGACGGCUACAGCGGCCAGAAAGAUACACUCACUAACAAAUAUGAGUUUGACGUGAAAAAUGUCGCCGAAGCAACCGCGACCACACCGAAGAGAUACGAGGUAGUGCUUAAAGAUGGUGAGAGAAGUGGAAGUGAAGCGACGAGGGAGUUGAUACCGAGUGAAGUGGAGAUUAACAGUGAGAGUGUGGGCAAGUUGGAGAUAGAAGUGUGUGACGUGGAUGAUGAAGGUAACGUUAUUAGUAAAGAAGUGUUCUACGGAGUGCAAUGUGUGUGAGUAUUGUACAUCUACCCUCAAUGUACACAUUAUCAUAUUGUGUUUAGUUCUCUAGUUAAUAAGGUUACUAUUAUAAUUUUUUUUUUUUUUUGUGUGAUUACUAUAGUUGAUCCUUGGACAUGAAUAUUGUGAUAGCAUUGACAAAAUAUGUAUGACUUGUAUUUUGAAAUGUUGUGUAUUUGAAAUAGAUAUAAAGGUGACAUGAAACUGUUUAGUUUAAUUAAUUAAUUAUGUUGUUUAUACAAUUGACACAAUACGUAGUAUAUUUUUUUAAAUAAUUAUCACUCAAAGUUUAAUAAGCGAUACAUUGACUGAUCUAAACUGUGAUUGUCAGCACAUUUGAUCCGAACAUGAUGCAAUUACUGUACUCUAAUUAGCUGUUAUUUUUAAACUGAAUAUGUAAAGAUGAAGUACAAUAUACUUGUACUUAUUUGUACAACUCUACGUACACAUAUUAAUACCUACCAUAAUAUUAUAUGAUGGUAUGUGUUAACAGUAAAUGACAUAAUAUAUGUUUAAUAAAACAAUACAUGUGCUGUCACGUACAGUACAAGUGUGGAUAGACACGCCACGUGACUUUGAAACGUUUGUGAUUGAUGUAACACAGUUAUAUUGGACCAUUCUAGUUAAGUAGAAGUGAAAAAAAAACAAAAUAAAUAAUCAAUAUUUUCUUUAUUAAAAUAAAGGUCAAAAUAAAUAUUGUUUUUAUUAUGACAGUGAGGGACGAGACGAGCAGGACGUUCAGCUGAUGGUAAUUGAUACGCCCUGCCCAUAACAAUGCAGUGCGGCUCGGGAUUCUUGAAAAACCCAAUAAUUCUGAGUGGCACUACAAUUGCGCUCGUCACCUUGAGACAUAAGAUGUUUAGUCUCAUUUGCCCAGAAAUUUCACUAGCUACGGCGCCCUUCAGACGGAAACGCAGUAAUGCUUAUAUAUUACUGCUUCACCGCAGAAAUAGGCGCCGUUGUGGUACCCAUAAUCUAGCCGGUAUCCUGUGCAAAGGAUGCCUCCCAUUGUUUCUUAUAAUUAAAUUUAAUUAUAUUUUUUUAGUCAAAUAUUAGUUCUGAACUGUCGUCUGUGAGGUGAUAUGAAUAUUUUAUAAUUAUAAUGUGUUACAUGUUACAACAAUAUUGUUGUUACAGAUAUUAUGUAUUUCUACAUCGACAUAUUUCACAAAAGCGUAGAUAUUAUUUUCCUUAUGUUUGAAAAUCAUUUUAAAGCUGAAUUAACACACACACUGUGCAGUGCCAGGAAAGUAAUGGUAACUAAUAGAUAUAAUAUUUUAUAUUACUACUGUUUGUACUUAUCAUUAUCAAAAUGGCGGUUUACAGGAUGUUACCCAUGCCUUGUAGAUUGAUUGACAAAUGACAAUAUGUACAUGCGGUACUGAUAUAUGAAUGUGAGUAAUGUAGCUUAGUAUUUACAAAUAUAUAAUUUGAAUAAAUGUUGAUUGAUUCCAUCAAAUACUUAGAUAUAACCAAACAUUAUUAAUAGUAUGUCAGAUCAAGUAAACUUACGGGGCUCAAUAAUUUUUCUUAAUAUUAUGUUAAGUAUAUAGUUGAUUGUGUAACGAAAUAAAAAUAAUUCAAAAAUAA